UACACAUGCUGCUCUUCCUUCUCCCCUAUGCUCCGUGUACACAUGCUGCUCUUCCUUCUCCCCUAUGCUCUGUGUACACAUGCUGCUCUUCCUUCUCUAUUCUUCUCCCCUAUGCUCUGUGUACACAUGCUGCUCUUCCUUCUCCCCUAUGCUCUGUGUACACAUGCUGCUCUUCCUUCUCUAUUCUUCUCCCCUAUGCUCCGUGUACACAUGCUGCUCUUCCUUCUCCCCUAUGCUCCGUGUACACAUGCUGCUCUUCCUUCUCCCCUAUGCUCCGUGUACACAUGCUGCUCUUCCUUCUCCCCUAUGCUCCGUGUACACAUGCUGCUCUUCCUUCUCCCCUAUGCUCCGUGUACACAUGCUGCUCUUCCUUCUCUAUUCUUCUCCCCUAUGCUCCGUGUACACAUGCUGCUCUUCCUUCUCUAUUCUUCUCCCCUAUGCUGUGUACACAUGCUGCUCUUCCUUCUCUAUUCUUCUCCCCUAUGCUCCGUGUACACAUGCUGCUCUUCCUUCUCUAUUCUUCUCCCCUAUGCUCCGUGUACACAUGCUGCUCUUCCUUCUCUAUUCUUCUCCCCUAUGCUCCGUGUAGACAUGCUGCUCUUCCUUCUCCCCUAUGCUCCGUGUACACAUGCUGCUCUUCCUUCUCUAUUCUUCUCCCCUAUGCUCUGUGUACACAUGCUGCUCUUCCUUCUCUAUUCUUCUCCCCUAUGCUCCGUGUACACAUGCUGCUCUUCCUUCUCCCCUAUGCUCCAUGUACACAUGCUGCUCUUCCUUCUCCCCUAUGCUCCGUGUACACAUGCUGCUCUUCCUUCUCCCCUAUGCUCUGUGUACACAUGCUGCUCUUCCUUCUCUAUUCUUCUCCCCUAUGCUCUGUGUACACAUGCUGCUCUUCCUUCUCCCCUAUGCUCUGUGUACACAUGCUGCUCUUCCUUCUCUAUUCUUCUCCCCUAUGCUCCGUGUACACAUGCUGCUCUUCCUUCUCUAUUCUUCUCCCCUAUGCUCCGUGUACACAUGCUGCUCUUCCUUCUCUAUUCUUCUCCCCUAUGCUCCGUGUACACAUGCUGCUCUUCCUUCUCUAUUCUUCUCCCCUAUGCUCCGUGUAGACAUGCUGCUCUUCCUUCUCUAUUCUUCUCCCCUAUGCUCCGUGUACACAUGCUGCUCUUCCUUCUCUAUUCUUCUCCCCUAUGCUCUGUGUACACAUGCUGCUCUUCCUUCUCCCCUAUGCUCCGUGUACACAUGCUGCUCUUCCUUCUCUAUUCUUCUCCCCUAUGCUCCAUGUACACAUGCUGCUCUUCCUUCUCCCCUAUGCUCUGUGUACACAUGCUGCUCUUCCUUCUCCCCUAUGCUCCGUGUACACAUGCUGCUCUUCCUUCUCUAUUCUUCUCCCCUAUGCUCCAUGUACACAUGCUGCUCUUCCUUCUCCCCUAUGCUCUGUGUACACAUGCUGCUCUUCCUUCUCCCCUAUGCUCCGUGUACACAUGCUGCUCUUCCUUCUCUAUUCUUCUCCCCUAUGCUCCAUGUACACAUGCUGCUCUUCCUUCUCUAUUCUUCUCCCCUAUGCUCCAUGUACACAUGCUGCUCUU